AGAGGGAUGGAGGACACUGAAUGGAGGCCAGUGGAGGGAUUGGCAGAGAGGGAUGGAGGACACUGAAUGGAGGCCAGUGGAGGGAUUGGCAGAGAGGGAUGGAGGACACUGAAUGGAGGCCAGUGGAGGGAUUGGCAGAGAGGGGUGGAGGACACUGAACGGUUGGUAAGGUGGAUGAGCCUGGCAGCAGUAUUCAUGAUGGACUGGAGGGGGGAUAGCCUAUGUAAAGGUCAGCCAAUGAGGAGGGAGUUGUAGUAGUCGAGGUGAGAGAUGACCAGGGAGUGAAUUAGGAGCUUUGUGGUAUCAUUGAUUAAAAAGAGACGUAUUCUGGAGAUGUUGCGGAGGGAUUGGAUGUGGGCCUGAAAGGAUAGUUCAGAAUCCAGGGAUGGGUUGAUAGCGGUGCUAUUGAUCCUGAGAAAUUCGGGGAAGAGGCAUGUGGGGGGAGGUAAUAUUAUGAGCUCAGU